AUGGAUGCCAGUGAAAUCGACCAGGCCAUUAAUGAAGAACUCAGAAAACUGAGCAUCGAUCCCUCUGAAAUCGAGUAUGACAUGCCUGAAGAAGAAGAAAUAAAAUUGUCUGAUGACCACGAAGAUGAGGAUAGUGAUAUUAUGUCUGAGAUUGAGAGGCAAGUAGCACUGCCCAUUUCUAAUGAGGUGGGAUUAAAUGAUACAGGAGAUGAGGAGGACUGCUCAGGUAAAGCGCAGCAUGAGGAGGAUGUAGCCUCAGAGGUCCUGGAACGCGAUGCGUUUUUGGAAUCAGAGAGGCAAUUUAGCAUUGAGCUGAGAGAGCUGGAGCAAAGACUACAGCAAGAGGAGGAGGAAAGACUGUCAGAGGAGAGGGAAGAGAGAGAGUCGUGUCUAAACCUAGCCAGGGAAGAGGAGGAGAGGAGAAAACUCAGGUACCGGGAAUUUGAGGAGGAGCUGCAGAGAAUAGAAACGGCAUACAGAGAUGGUCAGAAAGAAGAAACUCUUCAGCUUGAGCUGAUUCAACAGCAGGUAAUGAUUAGAAGGUUGGAGAAGCAGCUAGAGGAGGAGAGACGAGUCUUUGAGGAGACACAGGAGCAGGAGAGGAGGAGAACGCAGGAGCUACGCCGUCUGGCAGCCACUAAGCUCCAGGCUGCUUUCAGAGGAAUGCUGGCCCGCCAAUGGAGCAAGGCAGAGCUUAACAGGAGGAGAGAAGAAGAGAGGAGGCGCAGAGAGGAGUUAAGAGAGAGAGAGGAGAGGAGAGAGAGAGAGGAAGUGAUGAGGAGACGGUGGGAAGAGGAGAGAAGGAGAAAAGAGGAAGAAGAACGGCGUGAGAAGGAGGAGACGACGAGGAGAAGGGUUGAGUACGAGAAGGCGAAACUGCAAGAACGUGACCGUCUAGAGAGAGAGCGCCAACUGGCUGAGCAAAGAAGAGAAGAAGAGAAAGAGAGAAAAAGGAAAGAAGAGGAAAGAAAAAGACAAAAAAGAGACGCCUCGCUCGGAUCUGGGUUACCUAAAACCACAGAGACAAACCUGCCCGAUGAAACCAGCCCGACCUGUCCCUCCAGCGCCGCCGCUCCGAUCUGUGAGCCGCUGACCAGGGGCCUAGGUGAAGCAGAGACCCAGACGGACGCUGGCAGGCGGGGGGUACAGACGGUUAUGGAUGUCGGAGGCUCAGAGUCAGACCAAGCAGGUAAAACAGGAGAGAGUGCUGGAAGGAUCCAGAGUUGGGUCUCCACGUGUCUGCCUGACAGCACGGAGCAUAAGCGUCUGGCCUGGAUGAUGAACUGCACUCCCUGGUUCAAACUGGCCAUGCAGAACAAGAGGAAAACGCCUGCCAAGGAGCAGCCCAGGAAGAGGGCAGGCAGGAGAGCCACUCAGCCCAGCUUGCCCCCACUCAGUGUGGAUACUGUGCUAGCAUGUGGGCCCUGGAGCUCCCUCAAACAGGUCACCACGGUUACGCUGGAGGACUUGCCUGGCUGUAGUCUGUCGACUCUGGCUGAGUGUGAGAGAUUACAGUCUCUGACCGUCAGGCGCUGUGCUCUCCAAGCCUUAGAAGGGCUUAACCGCUGUGCUGAGCUUAAGUACAUAGAUGUUCAGGAAAACUCGAUUACAUUUGUGGAUUGUACAAAUAUGGCCAGCCUUCAGGUUCUGUUGCUGAGUAAGAACCAGCUAUGCAGUAUCCAUGGUUUGGAUGGAGCCAUUAAUCUGAAUGACCUUCAACUCUCCUUCAACCUCAUUUCCCAUGUGGGAGGGCUGGGAUCUCUGAGGAGGCUACAGAGGUUAGUGAUUGAUCACAACCAGCUGAUCAGCACAAAAGGCCUGAGAGAGGUGUUUACUCUCCUCCAUCUGGACUGCUCCUAUAACCACUUGACCAGCGUGGAGGGUCUGGAGAGCUGUGGCCUGCUGAAUACACUGGACCUGAGGGGAAACAGUCUGACUGAGCCGCCCGUCCUGAGGAACCACGUCCUGCUGCGUCGUCUGCGUCUGGACGACAACGGCGUCUCCUCCCUCGCCGGCCUGAGCGCCUGCUGGCUGCCGCUGCUCCGCCGGCUCGGCGCGGCCCAGAACAGUAUUACUCAACUCCCCUCCCUGUGUGACUUGGUUUCACUGAAAACACUGGAUGUCAGUCGCAACUGCCUCUCAGAGCUGAAGAAUGUUUGUGCGAGUCUACAGGGAUGCGCUCUCCUCCAAGAGCUUAACCUGGCCGACAACCCCCUGCAGCGAGACGCCGACUGGAGGUCCUGUCUUCUGCAGGCAAUGCCAUGCUUAAUCAAAGUGAAUGGUGAUUGGACUGGGACUUCUUUGGCGCCCCCUGUAGGUCCAGCACUGCAGUGCAGUUUCCAGGCCCUCUGCCAGGCUCAUCAAGAACAGCUUGACACACUACAGCACAAACACAGCAUGGAGCUCAGCUCUGCCCCGUCUUCUCUGGAUGCCCAGCUCCUCUCUGGUGUCCACAGUGCUGAGCUUAUUCAGUUAGCCGAAGAACAGAGAUACGCUCAUGAAUACGGGGACACGGGUGUGACUGAAACACACACGCUGCAGGCUCCCAGCCAAAGUCACCCUAACCGGCCCUCGCAUACACAUCCAACACAGGAAGAGAGCGUUCAGAACCAGGCUCUAAACACAGUACCACAGGAGACUGGCAGUCCUCAGAUGACUGACCUAACAGACACAACUCCUGAAGCCGACCCGGUGCUGCCUGCUACUGACUUUCUAACUGACCCCAAAGAAAACAGUCUCAAUCUGUCCCAAAGCACUAAUGCAACCAAAGCAGCAACAGCUGUGAACAGCUCCGACAGAAGAUGUGUCUUACCCAGAUUGGACCUUAAAACUAUGGCAGCAAUGGUGAUCCAGCAGCACUGGCGAAGGCACAGACGCAGAAAAGAGAGGAAGCCUCUGGACCUAACUGCAAAGACUAAUGGGAAAUGUAGUCCUUUGAGAGAAGAGAAACCCAGGAGGGUGAUUCUAGACCCUCCCAACAGAGACUAUUUGGCCACUGUCAUUCAGGCUGUCUGGAGGGGCUACGCAUUACGGAAGAAACUAGCCCAAGCCCUGGCCGCGGCGCGGUUGACGGAGGGGGACGAGGACUUUGAAGAGGUGGACAUGGACGGAUUCGUUUUUGAUGAGGAGGCUUUGGAGAAAGACUGGAUAACCUUGCAUUCCGAUGACGCACCGUCCGGAACGCUGCCAUUUUCCCAACUGCGCCCGUUGCCAAAGCCCACCAAAAUCACCGUGGCAACCAAAGCAAGCUUGGGCAGGAGGAUAAAAUCCCCAGCUUCGGAGAGAUCUGAGAAAAUCCUGAAAGAGUGGGGUCUCUCCAAUAGCUCCACCGCUCUCCUCAUUCUCAAAAGAGCUCAGAAAAUGAAAUCAUGCAAGCGGCAACAGAGAAAGUUUCAGGAGCGCCUAGAACCGGUUUUCAUUACCGGGAGCCACGGUGGCAGCAGCAGCGGCAGCGGCGGCGGCGGCAGCAGAAGCUUACCUCACUGGCUCUGCUUUGAGAGGACGGCCAGAGACGGUGGCCCCCUCUCCAGGUUCCUGGUGGGGCUGCCCCUGGCCAGCUUUGAUCAGAAUAAAGAGACACCAUCCCCCAAAAGAGUGACCUCGGCUCCCUCUAAGAAAGAAAGGAUCUCAUUCCGAGACAGUCCGGCCCGGCUCAGCCAGGGUUGGGGAUGUGGAAAGAUAAGGUCCAGGGUGAAGAAGUAAAGACAAGUCAAUCCACGAUUUUCCACCUCAGAAGAAAUCAGUGCUCACUGUCCAGGUGUCUUUGCUAGCCCUUGA